AUGGCUGACUUAUCAUUAUAUUUAACUAAUAUUUCUUUGGGAGGAACUAUGGAAGCUGAUAAAAGUCCUGAAGUGGUGGGAGACAUGGAGAGUGUGGAGAUGGGCACCUCAGCGAAUAGGAAGACAAAGGUCAAGCUUCCCCGCAGGACCAUCUACUUUGCUAGUGGUGAAACAAUGGAGGAGUUCAGUACUGAUGAAGAGGAAGAGGAAAUUGUGGAGAAAAAGACAGUUACUGUGGAUACAUCUCAACUGACUUGGGGACCUUACUUCUGGUUCCAUAUGUGGAGAAUGGCCACCUCAACCAUAUCAGUGUGCGACUACAUGGGAGAGAAACUUGCCUCAUUUUUCGGCAUUACCUCCCCUAAAUACCAAUACGCUAUCGACGAGUACUACCGGAUUAAGAAGGAGCAAGAGGAGGAAGAGGAAGAGAACCGUCUAGCUGACGAGGCUGAGCGUCAAUUUGCCGAGCAGCGAAGGAGCGAGAAUAAUAAUCCGGUUCCGACUACAUUUCAGCAGCCUGAAGCAUCGCAAACUUCCUUUGUAAAUGUGUCUUUUGACCAUGAGCCGGAAGCACCUCUUAAUAGUGGUGACAACAGGGCACCUUGUCCUCUCCCCUCCUGA